AUGGCCAGCAACACACAACACGAGCCUACCCCGGUGGAGCAGUCCUUCCUGAAUUGGUUCGAGUCCACAGGCGGAUAUUUGUCUCCCGACGUUUCCUUGCACGACUUUACGCUGCAGGGCAUGGGCAGGGGUAUGAAGAGCAACAAGAGGUUGGAAAGGGAUGCAUUGCUGUUCAGUAUUCCCAGGUACAUGUUGCUGGGUACCCGAACCUCGACUCUUCCUUCACGAGCUAUGGCAGCGGAUCAAAAGGCGGCCAGUCUGGUGGGUGCGCAAGCAGAAGAUGCAGUAGGAGCUUCAUCAGCAUCGAACGGGGUGGAAGAGGCUGCUCGCAAAGCGCAAGCUUGGAGAUCCCUUCCUGGCAACGAGGCGAAGGACAUUUUGCAGCUCUCCCAAGCUCUCUGCAAGGAAGCGCAGACCAAUCCUCAUCUGUUCACCUGGCAAUCGCUUUCUGGCGGCUGGACACAACUGCUGCUCGUCAUGCUAUGGGAGCAUUUCAGAUCCACUGCAGAGGGAGGUGCAGCUUUGAAUGACUCACUUGCGCCCAGAGGGAGUAUGGACGAUGAGCAGGAUAAUGCGGGCGGUAGCGUCGGGCCUUCUUGGGGACCUUACUUUGACAUUUUGCCACGAAACUUUGAUACGCCCAUGUUCUGGGAUCGCCAAGAGCUGCAAGACCUCGAGGGCACGACUGUUAGGGGUGAGUUUGGCCUUUACCCUGCGCAUACACUCUCACGCUCGACACGGACGAUCGCCGCGCUCUACUACACUUUGUGCUGCGUUGGGCUGGGCUGAUCAUUGUGAUCCUACUUGGUUUCUUUCUCAUCUCUAGAGAAGAUCGGCUUGGCGGAAGCUCAGCUGGCGUACAGAACCCAACUUCUGCCCUACAUCCACGCCCAUCCCGAUCUCUUUGUCGGAUCUAAAGCAAGCGCAACCGCUGGACAAGUGGAGUCGCUGAUUUCGACGUACUACAGUGAAGAGUUGUUCCAUCGGAUGGGCUCUGCGGUGCUAUCGAGAUCUUUCCACGUCAACUUGCCGGGUCAAGGUGGGCUCGAAGAGGUCGGCGAGGCAGAAGAUGGGAUGGAAGUGGAGGAUGAGGAUGAUGAGGUGAGCACAACGAAGAUGGAGGGAAAAUGAUCUCUGAGUUUGUCGAUGCUUUUCGCCUAUCAACGCUCAAGCCCGCUUCUCAUCAUUGCAGGACGAGGAAGAUGGAGAAGGAGAAGGCGAAGAGAAUAUAGAUGACGUAUGCAUGGUGCCCAUGGCAGACAUGCUCAAUGCGUAAGUGGAAGCUUCGCGUUGAUGACGAAACGGCUCGCACGACUGGCUGAAUCUUUUCCUUGCUACGUUCCUCUCCUGGCCCCUUGACCCUGCGCCAGGCGCUUUGAAUCAGACAAUGUGAGAGCAACAUCGACGGAAUCAACUCUUGGUGUACUGCUCACACAAUCCACUCUGCAGGCGCGGACGUUUUAUCAUCAAGAUGUUCUUGAGAUGAGAACCACUCAGGUGGUUGAAGCAGGAGAACAGCUGCUCAACACCUAUGUGAGUCUCCGCCAGGGUGUCGAGCAAACGAUUAUUGCGCGUGACGACUGAGAAGACCUUUGCACUUGCUACCUCGGACAGGGCGAUCCCCCUAACUGCGAUCUGAUCCGAAGGUACGGAUAUGUCGAUGAACCCAAUGGAGCGGACGUCGGUAAGUGGUGCUCAACCUGGUUGUUUUGGAUGCUCACGGGAGUAUCGCGCCCAAGACAUGCUAACAUCCCCAAUGUCUCUCUGCGCAUCGUGCUGUGCAGCUGAGCUACCUGCGACGACGUUGGUUGAUGCCCUGCUGUCGCUUGAAGGACUCACCUCGACGACGGCCGUACACGAAACAAGACGUGCAGAUUUGCUCUCGCGCCUGGGCUGGACCAUCUCCAUCGGUUUUGACGAGGUGCACGCGUUGGCGUAUUUGUUCCCUCUUUCGCAAGAAGCUCCUUUUGAGCCUACUCCCCUCUCGCCUACCGAGAGGGAGCUGCGAUCAGCAGCAGCUUCCAUCUCUGACGAGCUCUUGGCUCAGGCUAGAGUGUUGAUCAUGUCACAAGAGACGCUAGAGAAGCUCAAGAAGAAGGAUAAGCUACCUAGCUCGAGGAUCGAAGCUAGAGAGAUUGUCGAUGGGCAGAGCAGAGGUGUCGCAGAGGUUAUCGCGAGGGCGAUCGAGCUGCGCCUCGAGGUGUACCCUACUACGCUGCAAGAUAAUCGCGCGAUGCUCUAUGCUUCGCUUUCGACUCACAAGAGACAUAGCACCGAUGCAGAUAUGGCCAUAGAUCACGAUCAGGUUCAAGCUCGACAUCAGGUGGAAAUGCGAGCGCCCCUCUCUGCUAGGAGGAGGAAUGCAAUGGUGGUCAGAUCCGGAGAGCAGAGCGUAUUGAUGGAUAAUCUGAGAGUGUUGAAAGCUGCUGAUGAAGCUUCUCGCAAGUUGGAAAAGGGACAAGGCGUGACUUCGGAGAAGAGAAAAGAUGCGUCGCAAAGCGCAGGGCACAAGAAGAGCAAGCGGUAG